AUGAGAAUGAUCCAGGAAUAUAUAAGUACACUUGAAUUUCGAUACAAUUGGAGUUUCCAUUGUAAAUUCAAAAUGUCUGUCAAAAAACAAUUGAAUUUACAAGGAAUACGCGGAAUUGCAAUUCUAGCAGUCUUGGGAUUUCAUUUCUUUCCAAAUUAUUUUCCAAAUGGAUAUUUGGGAGUUGAUCAGUAAGUUUACAUUUUUGAAGAUUAUUUGAAAAAAACAAAAAAUAAUUUCAGGUUUUUUGUGUUAUCUGGAUUUUUGAUGUGUAUGUUGUUGACAAAAACUGAAAAAUUACCAAAAUUUGAAAUGAUAUCAAAUUUUUAUAUUCGUCGAUUUAAAAGAAUUUUACCAUUAUAUCAAUUAAUAAUAUUUGUUUCAUUAAUUGCAUUAUAUUUAAUAUUUCCUGAUACAACAAUUGAAAUUAAUAUAAAUUCAGCAAAAAGAGCAAUAAUAUUUAUAUCAAAUCAGUUAAAAACAUUAGAAGAUGAUUAUUUUGAAAAAUUAAAUAUGGCAAUUGAUAUAUUUACACAUACUUGGUCACUUUCUGUUGAAAUUCAAUUUUAUUUAAUUGUUCCAUUUUUAUUUUUAUUACCAUUUCGAAUAAUAUCAUUAACAAUUAUAUCAAUUAUAAGUUUAUUUUAUUUUUAUAUUUUACCAUCUGAUAUUGCUUUUCUCAAUGUUUUUGCAAGAAUUUGGCAAUUUUUAAUUGGUAUGAUUGCUUUUAUUAUUCAUCAAAAUAUAUCAACUGAAUAUCAAUUGGAAAAACGACAAUCAUUAUCGGUUUAUGUAAACGAAUCAGAACAAUUAAAAUGUAGCACUAAUUAUGCAAUUUUUAUUAGAAUGAUGAUUAUACAAAUGAUAUUGGUUGUAUCUUUCCCAAUCACGAUUAGAGCUGUUAUUUCAAGGUGAAUUAUUUUGUGAUAGUUAAAAAAUCUAAAAAUAAUUUUUCAGACCAUUAAUUACAGUAAUGACUGGAAUAAUUUUGAUAUUUUCUAAAAGAGAUGAUAUAAUAUUAUCAAAUAAAAUAUUAGCAUAUAUUGGUGAUAUUUCAUAUUCAUUAUAUUUAAUACAUUGGCCAAUAUCUUCAUAUUGUAAAAUAACUGGAAUGUCUAAUUAUGCUAUAUUAUUUUUAUUUCUCGCUGUUGUUGUUUCAAUGUUAAUUUAUGAGAGUUUUGAGAAAUGGUAUACAAAAGAGUCAAAUAUUGUUAUACUUAUUUUAACUAUUUCCUUAUUCUUUAUGAAUCUCGGAAUAUUAAAUAAUCAAUUAUUCAUUGAAAAUAAUUCUGAAGGAUCAGUAACAAAUAUUUCGGAAUUGGCCGGUUCUGCAACACAGGAAGAUAUUGCAAGAUUGAACCAUCAAUGGGAAUUAGAUGAUCAGAAAAAUUUAAAAUUUCAAUUUGACAACAUUUUUGGAUGGUUUCCGUACACAGGAUUGAAUCAGAACAACACUUUGAGAAUAUUUUCAUUUGGGAAUAGCUGGACAGUAAAUCAUGCAAAAGUUAUGUAUUCCGAAUGUGGACCGAGAGUGAAAGAGUUUAUGAGAGGUGCAAUAAGUGGUAAGUCGUUUUUCGAAAAGAUGAAAAUAAUCAAUGUGAAUAAUUUGAGGUUGCGAACCGUUAUAUAAGUUUCCAACUGAAUACAGAAAAUGUCCCGAAUUUUUGAUAGAAGUUCAACAACAUUUGGGAGUAUUUAAACCAGAUUAUGCAUUUCAUAUAACACGAUCAAUUAAUAUCGGUAACAAUUAUACAGAUGAUUUUGAAAAUGAUCCAGUUUAUCAAUCAAUUUUAAACGAAACGAGAUAUUUGGUCAAAAACAUCAAAAAAAAAUUAUUCAUUUUGAAUUCAAUUCCAUCAAUUGAUCGGGAAGCUCUAGACCAUUUGUCAGAAAACUUAAUGAAUAAUGUACCAAAAGAGGAAAUCGAUGUAAGUUUUUCAAUACCGAUAUUUGGAAAACAAUUCAUAUACUUCAGAAAAAACUGUACAUGGGUUAUGAUCAACACGUGGCAGCCUCUAAAAGAUAUACGCAAUUAGUGAAAGAUUGUGGUUCAAAAUGCGAACUUAUCGAUUAUUAUGAUUUGUUUCAUCCAAAUGGUAUAAAAACCUAUAGAUAUUAUGACGAUAAUGGUCUUUCAUAUUUGACUGGUGGAACUCACUUGACUCCUUGGGGUUACGAAUUUGUUAAACCGUUUUGGAGAGAUUUUUGUAAUAAAAACCUCGUAUAA